AUGGCUAUGGAUGUUGCUGUGUACAUAAUCAACAUUGUUCAUGAUGUGCCAAGUUUUGCCUUGGACACCGACGUUUUCAAAGCUCCGGAGCUCACAUACGUUGCGGUUCUGAUACUAUGUUGCCAAUGGUUUGGUCAGCUAUUCGUUCUUCUGGUGCUGUCGGUCCUUCAUUUUAUCGCAGUGUUUUCUCCAGCGAAUUUCCGAACACUUUUGCCAAUUCACAUGCAAAUGAUCAACAUCGCCAUUGUUAUUAUUGGAGUCCUUUUUGCAGUUAUGACACAGUAUUGA